GGGAAGAAGACCGAAAGACCAGCCGGACGGGCAUGACGUCACUUCCGGCUGAUUCGGAAGAGGCGGGGCCGGGACGUGCCUGGCCUCCGCCCCCAGAGAGCCAGGUGGAGGCGGGGUUACGGGCGAUGAGGAGGGGCCCAGUGGCGGAGUUUACGGCGGUUCUUUUGACUCCGCAGUUCCGUAGCCUCUGCAGCCAGAGCAAGCUUCCCGAGCCUGCGCGGAGCGGGCAGAGUGUCGUGAGCCCAAAGGGUGUCUUCUCCCGGAAAAGAAGGCCAGGAUGCUCUGGUCCUUUUCAAGCUACUCAACUGUGGGAUGGUAUUAUUCACUCCCUUCAGACUCAAGUGGAAAUCAAAAGAAGGAGGCAUCAUUUACGAACAUACAAAGACUGGCUUACUGGUUCUGAUGCUGUUGAUGUGAUAUUAAGUCAUCUUAUGCAAAAUAUGUGCCUAAGCAGUAAUGACAUCUCUCGUCUCAAAGGAGUUCGUCUUUGCCAAGUUCUAAUGAACCAUAAAGUAUUUGAACUAGUAGGAAUAAAGCUAUUCAAAAAUGAAAAGGAAUUGGAAAUUGAAGGUUCAAACAAUAGUCUCUACAGGUUUCUAGGCAAUAAAUCAUCUUAUGUUUGCAAAAGAAAAAAGGGUUCUGAGAAUGGGUUAACUGAUGAAAUAAAAGCAAAGGAAUCUUUAAGACCAGAAGAUGAAGUGAUUUCAAACCCUCUAGCACAAGAGCUGGGUGAGGAAAGAAUUGAGGAACUUAUUGAUACAAUGAGUAGGAAUCUGGCUUUACCUCCAAACAUCUGAUUUGACAGACCUGUUCUCCCACUUUCAAAAGAAGGUAAUUUCAUUUCCUUCUAUAUCCUGAUUGCUUCAGCCAAGACAGAUGUUUGGAAACAACAAACAUUGUUAAGCAUUCGUCAACUGAUACACCUUCCAUUCUUGGAAAAUAUUUUGGCAACUCCAGUUAAAACACGAAAUCUUGGAUUAAGUAAAAAGGAAAAUCUUGUUAUCUCAAACAGUUGCCUGGACAGAGAGGUUAUUCCAAACUUAUGCCUACCUGAGAUUGAUAACUGGCUUAAGGCAGCACUUGAAUGCUUGGAACAUUUCCCUGACCAGUUAGUAGUUAAUGUCAGCCAGCAGUUAGUACAGAACAGAAAUGAAGAGACAAGAUUGAAUAUGCUGAAGUUACUCUUUGAUGUCAUAGUAAAGUAUUAUAACGAGAGAGAUUGCUUAUUAACUGAUGAGUAUUUUGAUAUUCAUUUAGGAAUUAUUGAACUUUUAGAAAAUGAGAAAAGAACAGAAGCAAUUGAAGCAACACAACCAUAUCUAAGAUUUUUAUUGCCCAACGUUAAAGAAGAAUUACAACGGUUACUUACUUUUAUGGCUCUUGCAUCAGAACCUAAUGCCUACAAGGUGCAAAAACAGUUUGCUAACAAAACGGUGGUCCUGAAAACUCUUGCCAAAGCAGUUUUGCAAUCCAGAUCAUUAUUAAAACUCCGGACAGAACGACUAGUCUUAUUUCUACUGAAGUUUCAUUCUGAGCUCUUCAAGGCACCGGUUACUUUAUUAGAUCUGAUUAAUAAGAAACUUAAGAUGCUUCUACAUGGAGACGAUCCAGAUGCCAUAUCAGGUAUUGAUCCAGACUUACUCUUUCUUCAUCGUUACGUGACUGAUACAGGUACAUAAUUUGGAAAGGAUGAGUAUGGGUGAGUAAGUAAUAAAUAUAUAAAAGGUGGUGACAUUAAGGUUAUUUUUUAAUAUCUCCAGAGCAAGUGCUCUUCUUUUCCAAGCCCUUUGAUUACCUUUCUGGAAGAAAAAAAAAAAACAAAAAAAAAACUGUCUGUAUCUCAUUGCGACUCCCAUGUCUCAGACCCGCUUCCACUUAUUACCCGCCUGCCUGCUUCCUUGCUCUGUGUGCCCUGUUUUCUCAUUUUCUUAUUUUCUCAUUUUUCUCUCCAAUUCAUUCUCCUGCUUUUCCCUCCCCCUCCCCUUCCCUCCUCUUUUCUAGGAAAUGAAAAAGUUUUAUAGAGGAGGAGCUUCAAAUACUCUCCAACACCCAGUGGAAUAGACUAAUUCUUUCCACUUAGUGUCUUGGUGCAAUUGAUCUGAUUACUUAAUUUCAAAUUUCUUUAAACAGUAAAAUUUUUUAAUUCAAAUUUCCUAAGAUUGUCAUGUGAGAGACAAAAUAAAAUAAUAGGUAUAAUUUUGGGUGUUAGGGCCAAAUUGCCUGGUUGAGUUAUUUAACCUCUUUGUACUCAACUUCCUCUUCUACAAAAUGGGAAUAAUUGUAUCUACCUCAUAAUUGUUAAAUAUUUACUAUUUAUAUUAAUAAUAUAAUAUAAAUCAUAAAUACUAUAUUUGAAUUAUAUUAUUUAAAUCUUAAAUACUGUUAAUGUUUAAUAUCAGUUGACAUUAAUAUUAUCCUAUUAUGUGUCAGACACUGCUGAGUACUAACAUGGAUUUAUGAAAUUAUUUAUUUUACACAAUAAUCUAUUGUGUAGGCAUCAUUAUUAUCCCAUUUUAUGGGUAAGAUAGGAGUUUCCUGGUGGCUCAGCAGGUUAAGGAUUUGACAGUGUCACUGCUGUGG